CCAGCCUCAUUCGCCGCCGCCGCGUCCUCGCUCAUCUCCGCCGUCUCCCUUAUGGCGUCGGCAUCGCGCGCGCUCUUCUUCUCCCGUGCACUCCGGGCCGGCGCCGCAUCCCGCAGCGUCCCCACCCUCCUGCGUCCGCUCCCUGCGGCCGCGAGCCUCCUCUCGGCGGCGGCGGCGGCCGCCGCCGCCGCUCCCGGCGCGGGGGUGCGGUGCUUUGCGACCCAGCCGGCAACAUCCUCGCUGAGGGACUCGCCCCCGAACUGGCGCCCGCCCAAGGAGCAGGUCCUCCUCCCCGGGUGCGACUUUGAGCACUGGCUCGUCUACACGGAGCCGCCGCCUGGUGACGCUUCCAACCCCGACGCCCCGCGCGACGUGAUCAUCGAUAGCUAUAUUAAGACCCUCGCCCAAGUCGUCGGGAGUGAUGAAGAAGCUAGGCAAAAGAUAUAUUCAGUGUCGACUCGUCAUUACUUCGCCUUUGGGGCCCUUGUAUCUGAGGAAUUUUAUUGGAAACUGAAAGAGUUGCCCAUGGUCCUCCAUGUUGCUCCUGAUUUAUACUUGGAUGUGAAAAAUAAGGAAUAUGGAGGAGAACCCUUCAUAAAUGGUGAAGCUGUUCCUUAUGAUCCUAAAUACCAUGAGGAGUAUCUGAGACUGACACACAGCCUCAUCGCACGUCCAGACCAUGGCGGUGGCAAUCCUGGCUACCCUGGCGGCGACCAAGGAUGCCAAGGCCAAGGAGGUGACUCUACCAAGAGUAUAACUGUAUAAGCAGGCAUCCCUGUUCCACAGUAGCCUUAUGGAACAGUAGUAUAAAUGGAACCCUUGUUUGCCAUCUGAUUUUCAUGGAUUGUCGCUGUAUUUACCUAAUUAUUGUGUUUUAUAAUACUGGGCUUCGGGUCUGAGCGGUGUUCCUGGCAGUCUGAAACUGUAGAUGAUGAUAUGCUAUGCACAAUCUAUUCUUGUAUUCGCUUCCGAACCAGAUAGUUCGCAGAUGGCAUAGUAUGCUUCGCCUGUC